CGAGUCCGAGGCUGUGCUCCUUCCUGCUGCUCACACACUGGGCUUUUUCCCCAGGAGGACAGAGCUCACCAGCUCCUUUCUUGCUACAUUGACCACAGGAGCUCACAGUGUCUGCAUUUCUUGGGGGAGGACAUCUGUGCGAAGCGUUCCUGUGCUGACAUCUAAUGGGAGCACUGCAACAGACAGCAUUUUCUGAUAUUUUAUAGGAAGCGUUUGGAUCUGGUCUCUGUCCUGAGCUGUGUCUUCGGUGGCAUCCAGCCAUGGGUCAGUGCUCACCCUCCCGUGCAUCUCGUCAAAAGGCUCAUGAUUUGGUCUCCGACUUUGGAAAGUUCUCUGAGAAGUUCCACCUAGAAACAAAAAUCAUCUCUCAGGAAACCAUCACUUUGAUUCAAUCAUCCCUGAAGGCGGGGGACUUUCAGAAGGCUAUUACUGCGAUCAGUGAGGCGUUGAGCGACAUUGAGAAUGCCCCACUGAGCAUUGCUGUGACUGGGGAGACCGGGUCAGGGAAGUCCAGUUUCAUCAAUGCGCUGCGUGGGGUUGGGCAUGAGGGAGAAAGUGCUGCCCCCACUGGGACGUUGGAGACCACCAUGGAGAGAACUCCAUACAGAAAUGAGAAAUUUGUCAGCGUGACAAUAUGGGACCUGCCUGGCUUGGGGUCAACUAGCUUUAAACCACAGAAAUAUCUAAAGAAAAUGAAGUUUAAUGAGUAUGACUUCUUUAUUAUCAUCUCUGCUACACGCUUCAAAUUAUAUGAUACAAAACUGGCCAAAGCAAUUGGAAAAAUGGGGAAGAAUUUCUACUUUGUUCGAAGUAAAGUAGACAGUGAUUUGGACAAUGAACGAAGGAGUAAACCAACGACAUUCAAUAAGGAAAAAAUCCUGAAAGACAUUCGAGAUGACUGCAAGAAACAGCUAGAGAAUGCCAAGAUGAGUCACCCUCGGGUCUUCUUGGUCUCCAACAUUGAUGUGUCUGACUAUGAUUUCCCAAACCUGGAGAUGACACUUCUGAGGGAGCUCCCAGCCCAGAAGCGCCACAUCUUCAUGCUCUCCCUGCCCAGUGUCACUGAGGCUGCCAUUGACCUGAAGAGGGACUCCCUGAGGCAGAAGGUGUGGCUGGAGGCACUGAAGGCUGGAGCAACAGCCACCUUCCCUUUGGUGGGUAUGAUCAAUGAUAUAGAUCUGGAGAUGCUGGAGGAGACUUUAACCCUGUACCGGUCUUACUUUGGCCUGGAUGACGCAUCCCUGGAAACCAUAGCCAACGAUUUGCACGUGUCAGUGGAGAAACUCAAGGAAAAUCUCGAGUCUCCACAUUUGUUGUCUGUCAAGAAGGGUAAUGAGUCCGUGAAGGACAGACUGCUGAAGUUUAUUGAGACACUUUGCUCAGUCACUGGGGGCCCCAUUGCCACAGGCAUUUACUUUACAAAAACCUUCUAUUUGCAAAAUCACUUCCUUGAUACUGUGGCUAAGGAUGCCAAAACUCUCCUUAAAAAAGAGGAGCUUUUCACAGAAAAGGUGGGCUCUUCCAAGGUCUAACACCUUGUAUAUUGGGAAACAAAAUCGGAAUGAUGAGGACCAGACCCCACCACAUCCUCGGUGCUGGCCGGGCCUUGCCAGCCGGCCUCAUAGUUAAGAGCUCCUCUAAGCAGGCCUGGUAUUCCUGCCCCAAGUAAGGACCCCUGAUGUCUCCACACUCUCAGCCCUGGAGCAACCUUCACCUUAGUGCCUUUCAUGCAAAAUGUAGGAUCAGCUAAAAGACUCACUUGAAUUCUGCCUGGGGAAAAACAAGGAAGGAGAUCUGGAAUUUAAUGCUGAGAAACACAGGCAUGUCAGUGGUCCAGCUACUCUGCAUCCAAGGCUGGGUACCAUAGUUAUAAUAGUGGCAUUUGGUGUCUCAAUGCUUGGCACCCAGAAUAGGCUCAAUACGUGUUUGAUGUUCACACAAAUCCAGUCAAUAGUAUUAAUUCUUGAGGGUUCCUCCUGAUAUGUCCAUCUGAGGGUUCCUCUGUUGUCCUUCCAGAACUUAUCAUGUUAUUUCACAAGCUUCUGCAGUGUAACAAGGAUCAGGAUGUAGUAUAAGCCCUGGUAGUGGUUUUUCUUAUUUUUUAAGUAUGAGUGUGUGGGUAAAAUUGCAGUAUUUCUAGAAUCUCUUGCCUGUCCUUAGUGCACCUCCAUAUCAAUAGGUGUUUCCAAGGAGUGGAGAGAAGUAGUCCUUCUCCAUAUCAAUCGGUGAUUACAAGGGGGAGCAGGGCAUAUCUGGACUGGAAAGGUUGGAUAGGGUCCCUUUUUCUGCAGCCAAGUCAUGAGAGACACAGGCAAGCAGGAGUGGACGACUACUUGUAAGCAAUAACAAGUUUCUCCCACUUUAUUUCUCCCUUUGACUGAUUUCGGUUUCAAAGGUAUUCUGACCUAGGCUGGGAAAAUAUUCUCCCCCCAGAGUUACAGAGUGCAUGAUUUAGGCUUGGCUGAUGUGACCAUUUCAAAGAUGCUUAUUUCAAAUAAGCACAGUGCUAACCACAUAACUGGAUGGAGAACUUACCCAAGUUUAUUGUGUUAGCCUAAAGUGUGGUGUGUAAUUUUCAGCUUUUAAAAGUAAUAAACCUUUUUUUUUUUCAA